AUGUAUGGAAGCGCAAGGAAAGUUGCGGCCAGCGAGUUUGAGGCCUUCUUCCAGGACAUCGACAGCUGGAUCCUGUCCAGAGAGGACUUCCCUGCUACAAAGGUCUUCUCGCUCCCGGGACGGAUUACAUACCCAGACAUCUGCGAGUACCUCAAUGCGACAAGCGGCUGGCACAAGCUGCUUAAGCUCAGCUUUCUCUCCGACGAGCGAAGCGUGGAGGUCUCUGCCAGCCGGGAGGUCAAAGACUCCGCGAUCGGCAGGAAGCCAGCAAGGAUGGGCAGUGCAGCAAGCUACGUGCGAGGCCACGGCCCAGAUUCCAAGCGCCAGCGGAUCGAACAGAAGCCGCUGACCUCACCGAAGGCCAAAGCGAAGUCGAUGAGCAGAGGGGAGCCACCCCCGGGUCCGCCCCCGCCGCUGCCGGCGGCGGAGCCGGUGGGGGCGGUGGUGCCCGUUCUGGAGUUCGAAGGAGUGCGCGUCUUCGUCGUCCAGUCCGACGGGGGCCUCGGCCUCACCUCGGAGCAGAAGUCGACGGUGGAGAACACCGUCCUCGCCCUCGGCGGCCAUGUGGCCGCUGAUGCCAAGUCUGCUACGCACGCGGUCUUUCCGAAUCACAUGAUGAAAGCCGAUUGGCUUGAGCUCGAGCCCAUUGCCGCAGAGGUUUGGCAGAGUGGCGGCAAGCUGGUGACUUUCAAGUGGUUUCAGGAAGUCACGGAGGGAGGCCUCUGCGCACAGGACUCACAGGAGUGCACAAGGUUCAUGCCAGAGGAGUACCAGCAGCUGAUCGCCCAUGGGAAAGGCCUGCAUAAGAACUUACAAAAGGAAAUAGAGUUUGGCAUUGACUUGGAGCAGCGCAUGGAAACGCACCCAGACAAAGCCGCCACGGCUAGCCAGCGGGAGCGGGCCACGGCACUUUUUCAACGGAUCAUGGGGAACAAGGAGAAACUGACUGCGUUCGUGCAGUCACGGCAAGAAGUUCGGGGAAACUUCGACAAGCCAGAGUGCCCGGCACUGCAGCGACAAGCCCUCAUCCCAGAGUGCAUCGCCGUGGUGACCACCCUGGUCCUGGUCUAUGGCACCUUCUUGAUGCUGUUGAAGGUUGAGCAGCCAAUAGCUGCUUUCACGACGCCGGGGGCUCAAGUUUGGCUCAAGUGGCUCCAGGCCUUGCGGUGGGAAGAAGCUUCGGCCAUGACCUGGUGCGCCAACGUAAACCGCAUAGUGCGGAAGCUGUGGGACCAAUUCCCCAUGGAUGUGCAAACUGCUUUCCUAGCAGCAGGCUGGCAGGCGGAUACGGUUGCCCCGCCACCCCGUCUUUCGCAAGAGACCAACGGGGGCAUUAAGACCAAUGAUGCUAGUCAUGCCUGCCCAGAUCAGGAAGCAGUUCAGCAGUUGUGGGAAACUGCGGACCCCGUGCAACGCGACCUCCUUAGCAGAGCGGGCCUCGAGCCGCCCAAGGAGCCACAAAAAGGGCUGGAAGAGCUGUGCAGACAGUACGCGGCUGAUCUACCGCCGGCUGUGAGGGCGGCCCUUGCAAGCCCGGUGGAACCCCCGAAGCCAAGCCCCAAAGAGGAAUUGUACCAGAUGCUUAGUACGUAUACCUCGGCGAUGCAGGGGCUAAAAACCUUGAUCCAAAAGAAAGCCGCACUGCAACUUAGGAUCGAUAAGGCCAAGGCCACAUAUGCGAGCAUGUUGGAGGACAUGAAAGACAUGUGUCGUAAGGUGGACGAUCAAAAUGCCAAGGUUGAGGAGUUGCAGAAAGGUUUGCAGCAGCAAGUGCCGACACCAAUAGACCUGCAUGAGCCUGGCAGUGGAGGGAUCAAGGUAGAAGAGGGACUCAGGGCAUUGGAAGCGGCUGGAGUGGUCUUGAGCCCUGAAACCAAGAAGGCCUUCGUACAGGCCCUAACUCAGGGAGGCGAGGCACAGGAGGAAAAACCCGUGCCACCUGCGCAAGCGGAGCUUCCACAAGAUCCAGAGGGCCUACAAACCGACAUGCGAGUCAACACGGGGAUGGAGCUGUUUCCGAUGUUGACGGUGACCGUGUUGAAGCAGCAGCGGCGCCACAAAGUCCGUGAGGAGUGGCCCAAACUCCUUCAAAUCCUUCAGAAGGCCGAGUUGAGUAGCAUGGCUGAGCAUGAAAGGGACAUCGUUGAAGUUGUUACUCAACUGGAGCCGGACCUGGAAGAGGGAGACCUAGCCCAUUGGUUGUGCGAUCGCAUGCUUGACCUUUUGUCCAGGAGGGCGGAGGACGCUACGGGAUGUGUGGAGGCAUGCAAGGAUGUCAUUGCGCACAUGGAACAGGGGAGGCGCCCUUCCCUUUUCGAAUGUGUUAGCGCCAAUGUCACUCGAUGGAGGAGUGAGGUGAAGCAGUGGAUGACGAAUCAACGGGCGGGUGUGGCUUUUGUACAGGAGACUCAUCUCCUGGAAGGGGACAAUCCGGGCGCAAACGCAAGUGCGGAAGCAUCCGGGUAUCGAAUGUGGACGGCUAACAGCUACGACACUGGACAAGGUGGCAGCAGUGGUGGGGUUGCUGUGUUGGCAAAACGCCACCUCAACUUCCGCUUGUUGGAUCGGUUUCAGCUGGAAGGUAAAGGUUACGUGUUGGUAGUGGCCAGAUUCGCUGGUUCGGAUGUUGUGAUGGGUAGCCUCUACCUGGCCACGGGACAGGACUUAGGCACACCAAUCAAUGCAACCAUCCUGUCUCAACUCAUGGCUAAACUGCAAGCCUUGGCCGUGCCUUGGAUUGUGGCGGGUGAUUUCAACUGUGAUUUGGAUACCAUCCGGCAAACCAGGAUUGCUGAAACCACGAACGGUGCAUUCAUUGGUGCCGGGGAGGCCACAUGCAGCACGGGGGGCCAAAUUGAUUACGUGUGGGCCCAUAGGCGUCUCCAGGGCCUAGUGUCGGUCAGUGCUGAUUGGGAGGUGCCUUGGAGGCCGCAUGCGGCUUUGCGCAUUCAACUGCAUUGGAAUGUCGGACAACUACCAAUGUUGCAGGCCCCAAGGAAACCGGCGGCACAGGCCAAGAAGGAGGCGUCCUUCUCUUGGUCCCCGGCCCCCUUUGUGCGUGUCAUGGCUCACGUGCAAUUCAACCGUGCCACCAGGUGGAUUGCGGACUUCAGUCAUAGUGUUGAGGAGUCUCUUUUGGAUGCAGGGGGCCAGGGUCGAGGCUGGAACCUCGCGUGGGUGAGGAAGCCUCUCACACCCCAGCAACCGGCAGGCAUUCAAUGGAAAGGCAAUCAUGCUGGAUACUGGAAUCGGCUUGGGGUUUGGUUGGCGUCGUACCCGGUUGGGAGGUUCCCGCCUGGUGUUCAUGACAAGCUGACUGUGCAUUUGGCCAAGGUUGCGGAAAACUGGCACGACGAAAGCUUGUGCAUGACGGCAGAGGAGUUUGCGGAGUGGCUCACCCAAGCCGGUGCAGGCCACAUGAGGAGCCACGCUCGCAGAGCGGGGUGGUGGGAGAUUUGGUGUGCGGCGGACAACACCCGCGACGUUGUUCAGUUGCGAACCCUGAGCACACAGGUGCGAAUGGCGGCGCAAGCGCAGGCGCAGCAGCUGCGGCCAAUCAACUUGGAAAGGGCCCAUCGUAAGUUCCGAACCAUUGCUCGUAAGGCCUGCGGGCCGGACGAAUGGACGGCUGACAUGCUGAGGGCGCUUACUCAGGAGGCCGGGACUCUCCUAGUUGAAGAAAUGAUGCAGUGGGAGCGGGAAGGAGUCCUUCCCGACCAGCUCACAAUGGUGCGCUACACACUCUUACCAAAGUCGGCAGAGGAUGAGCGACCCAUUGGUCUAACGAGCUACCUCUAUCGGUCCUAUUGUCGUCUCCGGUGGGACUUGUACGCGCAGUGGCUGGAAGACUACAGGCGAAGUGCGCCAUGGGACCGAGCCCUUCCAGGGCACUCGUCUCUUGACACAGCGCUUGCUAGAACUGCGCGUCAUGAGGUCUGCAAGCACACGCGCAAACAUGGGGUGACUGCCCUGGUUGACUUGUCCAGUUUUUACGAGCUGGUUCCUCAUACAAUCUUGCUAAGGGAGGGUCUUGAGAAAGCAUUCCCACCGGUUUUGCUCAAUGCCGCCGCCCAGGUUUACGGCGGAAGCCGUUUCAUAGAGGCGGAAGGUGUCACUGCGGCGCCGAUUCGGACAAACCAAGGACUGAUUGCAGGAUGUCCACUGGCCCCAGGCUUGAGCAAGAUCAUCCUGCACAACCCCAUGCAAAUGCUUUUUGACUCAAAACUCCUCACCCACCAAGACUUGUGGAUUGACGACAUAGGACUCGAUGUGAUACACCAGAGCCCAACGCAGGCCGCCAUUCGGAGUGUGAAGGCCUUUCGCCUGUUGAAAGCUGCGCUGGAGGAGUCCUCCCUGGCGGCAGUGGAGAGGCUCAGGACCAGCGAAGAUCCGCCCAUCGCUCUCACCUCAACCGACCUUGGGUUGGAUUGUGGCGGUGGCGUCCGCCGCAGAGUGACCAAACAUAGGUCGCGCCUCCACAAGGCGGCAGGUAGACAGAAGAGGCUGAGGGCUUUGGCGCCCAAAGACAAACGGGUAAAAAUCAGGAUGGUCAAAGGUUCGCUGCAGCCAGUGGGCAUCUAUGGCCACCAGGCAACAGGAGUCACACCGCGGAGGUUUAAGUGGCUUAGGUUCCUGUAUGCGGAGGCUCUGGGUCGCAUGAAAAUAGGAUCCGUCAUCUGUGUGCUGGAAGCUAAUGCCGGCCGCACGCGGGACCCAAAGGAAGUCAUCAUGGCACAGCACAUCCAGGCCCACAGCCGCAUGAUGCUGCAGUGGCCACGGGAAGCCGAGGACAGCCUCACGAAGGCUUGGCAAGCGCUGCAACAGAGUCUCAGUGAAACCCGUUGGCCUUGGCAAAAGGUGACUGGGCCUUUGGGGGCCAUGGCGACUUACCUUCAAGAACUGGGCUGGGAAGCACAAGGGCCCCGGCACUGGUCAAUUGACGGACAGACGUACGACGUGGCAUCCGCAGCGGGGCUACAUGCAGUGGUGUGGCAUCUAAAAAACGCCAUACAGCAACAGAGGUGGACAGCGGUGGCUGCCACGCCGGGAGCAGAAAACGUUGUCAGCGGCAUUGAUUGGCAGGCCGCCAAUAAGGCAGUAAAACACCUUGCUCCUCUGGAGAAGACGGGUGUGCAGACUUUGUGGCAGGCAGCGCUAAAAGCAGGACCGGGGGCCUUCUGUCAAAGGUGCCAGACAGAGGCCUCACUCCAGCAUGUUCUGUAUGACUGUGCAAUGUGGGGUAGCCAUGCACUGCCUCCUCCGAGUAUCCUGUCAAUGCAAGCACAUGGGUGUCAUACCAGCCUUUGGUUGCGCGGGCUUCCGGCCAAACGCGCCUUUUACGAAGUAGACUCGAGCGUGGAAAUCAAAGGGGUCUGGCCAGUGCCAGAUUUGACGGAUGUCCGGUUUGCCACGGACGCCACAGGACCGAAGGACCCGCGGGAAGGCCCGGUCAUCUGGGGAGUUAUUGCCUUUCGUGUCCUAGCAGGGGGCGAAGAAGGUGAAUUGCACACGGGCCGAAUCCAAGUGGUGGGGUCCAUCACGGGUGCUGUGUCCUAUGAGCAGACAGUCUUCAGAGGCGAGGCCGCGGCGGUCUGCGAGACUGUCCAGGCACACCCUGGAGAGGACGAGUUGGACAUCACGUUGGACUGCGAAGGAGUCCUUCGCAGGAUCCAGAGGCGUGGCCCAGGGCAUAGUAACCGAGACCUGUUGGACCCGGUUAGAGCCGUCGCACACCGGGUGCGAUUAACGUGGGUCAACUCACACCUUGGCAGAAAGGCCUUCGAAGCAAAGUUUGGGAGUGAUAAAGAAUGGCGGCGACAGGCCAACUGUGUGGUUGAUGAGCUGGUCAAAAAGCGCGCCCUGCGCAUCGCCGGCCCGACUGUACAAGCAAGUGUCAGGCUGUGGGACAAGCAAGUGCGAGAAGUAGUGCAGUUUCUGGGCCAACGGGUGUCGUUUCUCCUCACCGCAGAUGAGGCAGACAAGGCGGAGGUCCUGUUCCAACCCAAGGCUGACCGGCUUGGUCGCGGAACACCCCACGCCACUUCGACCGAUCGAGGUGAUGCCACCAGGCUCAGCCGUAGGCAGCAGCUCGAGUUGCUAAUCCAAGAGGGAACGCGGGGAGGACACUGCUGGCAGGAGUCCCACCGUGGCAGCACAAACCUCACCAUAUCCUGUCGCAAGUGUGGCUUGUAUGUUCAGCAAAAUGACAGCGCUUGUAUCUUCGACAGGAAAACAAAGCAACUCUGUGCUGGACAAGCCAUGGAACCACUCCCUGGCAUGCACCCUUCGCACAAAUUGGAGAGCUUGGGAUCGGCUUUCAUUUGCAUCCAGUGUAAACGUGUCCAGCGCGUCGGGUUCCGCGCCUUAGCCCCGGUUUUUGGCAAACUCUGUGCCCCCACUCAAACCUGCAACAGCAAGCUGUCCAAGUUGUGGCGGCAGGGCCGAGAAGCGCAGCAGCAUGCCCUACCAGGCGGGGGGGGGGCAGGGCAGCCGAGAAAUCAGGGUCGGAAGAAGCAGACCUUUAAGAAAAACUCGGUCAGUGAUGACAACAGUGGCCUUGUGCAGCCACGUUUGUCUUUCCGCCCACCGCCGAGGGCUCAAGACAGUAGCCCGCGCAGUGGGUGA